GUUCAGGAUGGCAAUACAGAUCACAUGACCCUCUCUCCUCCUGACUGCAUGCAGUUUGGUAUUAAAAUGUUUUCAGUACAACCAGCCAUUGUGUAGUUAUACAUUUGAGAGAUGCUGGAUAAAUGUUGAGCUAUUUAAACGAAUAACAGCAGCACAUUGAUAACCGGGACUAACGUCGCAUCAGCAGCAGGUAUUAUUUCUGUGGUGGUAUCUGGAGAGGAGCUGCUGUAGGAGAACCAGCGGAGAGCUAACGGCGGCGAGGCCCCAACCGGACGGGAACACGGGGAACCAUGGCCAACAUCGCAGUUCAGAGGAUAAAACGUGAAUUCAAGGAGGUGCUCAAAAGCGAAGAGACGAGCAAAAACCAGAUAAAGGUGGACCUGGUGGAUGAGAACUUCACAGAACUUAAAGGGGAGAUAGCAGGGCCCCCUGACACGCCAUAUGAAGGGGGUAGAUAUCAACUAGAAAUUAAAAUUCCAGAGACGUAUCCAUUCAAUCCACCCAAGGUGCGGUUUAUCACAAAGAUCUGGCAUCCCAACAUCAGCUCAGUCACAGGUGCAAUAUGUCUGGACAUUCUCAAAGACCAGUGGGCAGCAGCUAUGACACUGAGGACGGUCCUCCUGUCACUACAAGCCUUAUUGGCAGCUGCAGAACCAGAUGAUCCACAGGACGCAGUGGUAGCCAAUCAGUACAAGCAGAACCCAGAGAUGUUCAAACAGACAGCGAGGCUCUGGUCUCAUGUCUAUGCAGGCGCUCCCGUCUCAAGUCCGGAGUACACGCGCAAAAUAGACAAACUCUGUGCCAUGGGCUUUGAAAAAAAUGCAGUAAUAGUGGCGUUGUCGUCGAAGUCCUGGGACGUGGAGACAGCGACAGAGCUCCUGCUCAGUAACUGAAUCUUGAUACCCUCUUCAUCUUCCUCUUUAUCACUAUCCCCCUCCUCACACAUUUACACCCUCUCUCCUCCAAAUUCCCGCUGUCUGAAGGCGUGUUUUUCCCUGUUGACCUCUUUUUUUUCACUGUGGACUCCUCAACUCUACUCCUUCCCUAUCCUGUACCCCCGCCCCCCAACUGUUUGGCAUCUGUCCUCCAUGCUCAUCACUCUUGCUGUACCUCACUCUCCAAUCAGUCGCUCUGGUUUCUUUAAGUUUAUUUGACAUUCCGAUACAAUCAGAACUUCAGACACAUCUUCAUCCCCUCUUGAAGUGAAAUGCCAGACUUAAGACCCCGCCCACGCCUGCCACUCUCGCGGCAUGUCUGGCUGUGUCCAAGAAGUGGCUGUCAGCGGCUUAGCCUUGCCUAUGCAGUGCAUUUAAUUUCACUAAUGAAAACAUUUUUAGGAGCAAGUUAAGCCAUUCAAGGAGGCUCUUUUUCCACCCGCUUGGGAUUUUUUACACAGUUACAGCUUGUUUUUCUAAACGGGGAAUGAGUCCUACUACAUAACAUCUUUGUUUGCGAUGUGUCUAACAUCACUACCUUUACUCACUCCUUACACAAACCCUUCACUCACAUUUCAAAUACAUUUUGGGAAAGUGAGUACACCAGGUAGCAAACAUGAAGUUGUACAGACACACUGAAGGAUGAGGCUUAUUCCCUGUUUUGCAAAACAGCUCAUAAAGUGUCACUGAGGUGUUCACACACAGUAGCCAGACCACGGUUUCUCCCUGUUUGACAAACCCGAAGCUCCUGCAGCAAACCCCAGCUUCCAUCCCCACAUCUAUUUCUUGACCUGACUUAUUCCACCUGUCCCUUUUCCCCUUCAUUUUUUAAAAACUUUUAUUGGUUUUGGCCUCCUGCAGGAAUACAUUUGAAUUCUUGUUUUUAAACUGAAAGAAAACAAAAGAAACAGCAGUAACACGACCUGUCACAAGUCUGUAUGGAAAUAGUUCAAAAUGAAUCUGAAAAAUAUUGCAUCAUCUUAACUACGCCAACAGAUAAAUAUGUCAAAAUGAUUCAUCUGUAAAUAAAGAUAUUAAAGUCUGUGUAAAUUAA